CUUAUCUCUGUGGCGAUAAGUAUCCAACUAUACAGUAUUUAAUCCCAGUCUACAACUAUCUGCUAGAAAACAUUGCAGAGUUCAACAAGUCGACCAACCAAGCUGCUGAAUUUCAGUCCGCCGUCAUGAUAAAAUCGCCCAGUACAACAACCUAACAGGACAGAGUACUCCUCUUAACGAAAUAUAUGGAUGUGCAAUUAUUUUGGACCCUACUCUGAAAGGAUCCUUCUUUAAAGAUAAGAAUUGGACACAAGGUAGCAUAGAUGCGGUACAGGAGAAGACACAGCAGGUCUUUACAAAUUAUGCCAUCAGCCCCGUAGAAAUGUCUCCUGAAAAGGUACCUACACAAGAAUGCAGCACUUCCUUAGUAGCCCAGCUUUACAAAAAACGCAAACUAGAUGAGCGAAGCGAAUUUGACCGCUAUAUGGCUCUUCCUGUGAUUGCACAUGAAAAUAAUGGCGUGCCGUGCAAUCGACUAGAAUGGUGGAAGGCCAAUGAAUCUCAAUUCCCAGGACUGGCCAAAAUGUCUCGUGACUAUUUAGCAACACCAGCGACCAGUGCCCCUUCCGAGCGUGCAUUUUCCAGCGCCAAACUUUUGAUUGGAAAUCGAUAUAAACUUUCCUCUGGAACAAUUAGUGAAUGCAUGUGCUUAAAAUCAUGGGCAAAGUCAAAAAUUCUUGACUAA